AUGCAACCCAAUUCAACUGACCCAAUCUUACCACAAUGUCUUAUGGCAUCAAAAAAUUCACCUCCAUCUGCACCCAUUAUGGCUCAUCUGUUUGUUGAAUUAUUAGGUAUAGUAGAUGCAUAUUUAGGUAAUGUUUGUGAAUUAGAUUUAUUUUGUCAAUCUUAUAGAGUUUAUUUGUUUUCAGAUGAAGUGUUUUUAGCCAUAAAUUGA